UUUUUUUUUUUUUAUUUUUCUAAUUUAUCUCUUCUUUAAGAAAAGAGAAAUAUCUUCCUCGUCAUUUGAAUGCGCAAGUAGGGUGCAACGAUGGACGACGAGAGUAGCCGAGCGGAGCAACACGCGAAGGAAUCCGACGACGCAAAAUCCGACCCGAAACCGCAAGCGCGUGGGCUCUCCGAGCUCAUCAUCCCCCACCUCCUCAACCUAUAUGGAUCGUCUGCGACAGCUCGAGAUUUUGAAAUUUACGCUCCGAACGCCACCUUCGAGGAUCCCCUCAUGCGCGCUCGUGGAGUGAAGCAGAUCAAGUCGGCGUUUUAUUCGCUUCCUAAGGUCUUCAGUGAAUCUAGAAUUGUUGAAUAUACUGUACAAGAAAAUGCAAUUGGACCGGGGAAAGUCGAGGUUCUGAUUGAUAACAAGCAACAUUACAAAUUCUGCGGGAAAGCUGUUGAUCUAGCAUCACUUAUUAAGCUAGAAAUUGAAGAAGGAAAGGUCAUCCGCCAUGAAGACUGGUGGGAUAAGAAGCCUUUGAAAAACAGAGACACUGUGAAGCUUCCCUUAGUGGGACGGCUAGCGGAGAUCACACGCAGGGGUUCGAUGCUUGUUACUCAUGCUUUGAUGGGCUUCGGAAAGGAUCCUGCCCCAUGAUAUCUACUUAUAUUCCCCUGAAGAAGAAGCAUGCUGUUGUUUGUUUUUCUUUAUCUUUUUCCAAACAUAGAUGAUUAAUGUACUUAAUAGUAUGUUGGUGAUAAUUGGGUUUCAGUGUGUAUAAUCUGUUUCUCAAUGCUGCUUUUGCUUUU